AUGGCACCCCUACAACAACAUCAACAACAAAUCCAACAACCCCUAUCUCAACAAAACCAACAAGUUCAACAACAUUUACAAUCUCAUCACCAUCAACAAAACCAACAACAUGGUCAUAAACAACAACACCAUCCAAAUCAACAUCAUCAUGGAAACCAACACCAUUCUAAUCAACAUCACCACCAUGGUGGUAAUCAACAUCAUUCAAAUCAACACCAACAUCAACACCAACAUCAACAUCAACACCAACAUCAACAUCAACACCAUAAUAGUAAUAAUAUAAAUAGUAAUAGCAAUAAUCAACAUCAUGGUAAUCAGCAACAUCAUGGUUCACAACAUUCAAAUCAAAAGCAUAAAAACCAACAGAAUCAACAAUCGCAACAAUCUCAACAAAAGAGUCAACAAUCACACCAAGCGCAACAACAAGCACAACAACAAGCACAACAACAGGCACAAUUACAGGCACAACAAAACAAUGAAUCUGAUAAUGAAGAGUUAUUGAGCACAAAUCAUUCAAAACCUCCACCACCAAAUGAAUCAAAAAGAGGAGAGCUAGUCGAGAGCCCAGUUUCAAAGCAACAAUAUAAGCAUUUUAUUAAACAAUUUAAACUAAAGGAAAAGGAAGGCUUAGAAAUUGCAAUGGAUUUUGCAUUCCAAUCAUUAAAUGUUUUACCAGAAAAAGUUCAUUGGCGUGUUUAUUUAGAAUUGGCCGAUUUAGCAAAUAGACAAAAUAAUUUAAAGUUGGCUCGUAAAUUUUAUAGAAAAGUAACAAGUACUCAACCAUAUAUUAGCCAAGGUUGGUUAGAGUAUGCUAAAAUGGAAGAAGAUUACGGUAGAUUAGAAAAGUGUCAAAAAAUUCUUCAACUUGGUUUAAAACAUUGCCCCUAUAAUGAAAGCUUGCUUAUUAAAGGUAUUAGACACGAAGAAAAAAUGGAUAAUCUCGAAGGUGCCAGAGCAUUACUUUCACAGCUACGUGAUCAAUCAAUAUAUAAAACUUGGAGAGCUGUUAUGGAGGGUGGUUUAUUAGAAGCUAGAGCUGGUAAUAUUGAUGUUGCUAGAAAGAUUUUCAAGUAUCUCAUGAAACAUGUCCCAUGGUAUGGCCCAAUUUAUCAAGAAGCCUAUAAGUUAGAGGAGCGUUGCGAAGAAUAUGAAAGAGCUAUUAAUAUUGUAGAGAAAGGUUUAUUUGAAGAUCCUAAAUACGGUCCAUUAUGGUUCAGUGCACUCCGCCUUUAUGAAAAAACUAGCCACGGUUUCCUUCAAGCUACUAGAAGUACAGUAGAGCGUGCAAGACAAGCUGUUUCAAGAGAAGUUACAUGGAAAAUUUAUUUUGAAGCUGCCCAGAUCGAGGAGCGUUCAAAAAAUCUUACCCUAUCACGUGCUGCCUAUGUUAAAAGUGUUGAAUUAUGCCCAGAAAAUCUUUUAUGGAAAGUUUGGUUAGGCGGAAGUAGAACCGAAUUAAAUGCUGAUAAUAUCGCAGUCGCAAGAAAAUUAGUAUUUAGAGCACUUAACGAAGUUCCAUCAAAAUUAAGAUCACUUGUACUCUUAGAGUACUCCAGAUUGGAAGAAUAUGCAGGUAACAUUAACAAAUCUCGUCGUAUUUUAAAAAUUGCUCACGUUGAAGCUCGCUUGGAUUGGAAGGUUUUCUUGGAAAGCGUAUUGUUAGAAAUGAGAGCAAAUAACUACGAAGCCGCUAUUAAAGAAGCUAAAGAAUCAUUAAAGAUCCAUAGUGGUGCUGGUAGACUAUGGGCAGCUCUUAUUCAAUUAAAUCAAUUAAAAGGUGUUAAGGCUCAACUACACGUAUUUAAAAAAGCAUUACAAUUUGUUCCAAAAUCAGGUGAAGUUUGGUGCGAAGGUGCUAGAAUUGCAUUAAAUAAUAAUGAACCAGAAGAAGCAAGAAGAUUUUUGGAAUUUGCUAUUCAAUUUACACCACAAUUUGGUGAUUCAUUCAUCGAAUUACUUAGAUUGGAAAUCAUGGAAAAAGGUCCAAAUUGUGAUAUUUCGAAAUUGGAGCAACUUUGUAUUAAUGCUGAUCCAAAUUAUGGUUUCAUGUGGCUCCAUUGUACCGUUAGUGUAUUAGAUAGUGCAAGACAGGUCCUAAGAAAUGCUAAAAAACUUUUAUUAGAAAUGACACCUCCAAAAGAGCAAUACGAACGUGAAAAGAAGCCAAAUUAUGGUUCAUGUUGGGUCGGUGCUGAAGGUGUUUUAUCUCUUAAUUUAAACACAAGAAAUAGUUGGCCACUAAGUAAUGAAAGUAGAAGAAAGAGUAUGUUUGGUUCUGAUCUUGUUAAACCAUAA